CCCGGAUGUGAUGUAUUAGCGGGCACGGAUGGAUUUGACCAGUCCUACAGAUUGGAAGUUUACUGAGCUUCAGGAGCUCGACAGCAGUCUGCGUUGCAGCAUUUGUAAGGAGUACUUCCAGACGGCAAUGAUGCUAUCAUGUUCUCACAACUUUUGUUCUCUCUGCAUCAGAGGUCACCUGCAAUACACGAGCAACAGGCCAUCACGUUGCCCUCUUUGUUUGAAACCUUCUGUUGAUGCUGAGCUGGUUAGCAAUCGUUUGGUUGAUCAACUUGUGGCGAAAUUUGCAGCAAUUAGGUCAUAUCUAUUGAAGCUAGAAGACAGCUUACCCAACUCUAAAAUGGGAAACAUAGUAGUGGUAGACCAUAUGACUGGCCAUUCCAGCAAAGAAAUGUCCAUUAGACUAUCAACCAAGCAGACGGCUGUCUCCAAUGAAAUCGAUCUUCAAGAGCAGCUAGAAAUCAAUUUGGCUAACGAAGACAAUGUUGAACUACUGAGUACUUCUGUUAGACAACCAGUGGACUCUAUGAGCAAUGGGCCUCUGGCAACUGGCAAAGAUAGUGUGGAUACAUUGAUGCGAGAGAAAACACCCGAGCCGAAACAAAACAAGAUGGACGAGAACAUCAGUUCUACAGUCACAGAUGGACAAGUUGGCUGUCCUGUUUGCCAAGACUUAAUACCUCAACGUCAUAUCAAUGCUCACCUUGACAGAUGUCUACACGAGCAGAGAAGACAAAAGCAGCCUGCACACGUUCCAAGUAGCUGCUCUAAUGCAAAGAGUGGGGUGAAACGACUGCCAAAGUUGGUCUAUACAAUGUCACUUUUACCUGACAAAGAAUUGAAUCGGAAGUUAGUCGAGUUGGGACUGCCAAUUAAUGGAAGCCGACAGGUUAGAGUGAAGAGACAUCAAGAUUUCACGGUGUGGUACAAUGCUGAAUGUGACAAAGAGAAUCCAAGAACAAUAAAAGAAGUAGCCAAACAAUUUCUCAGGGUUGAAACAGAUAAGACAAAAGCUUCCGAAAAGUCAGGAGGACUGAUGGCGGUUUCAGCAAAUAUUUCUCCAAUACAGCAAGAUGGAGAAACGGAAAGACAACAGUUGAGAACCAGCUACACAAGAAAACACAACAAAUCAUUUGUAAAACUGAUUGAUGAAGUUCGGAAUCGUAAAGCCAAGGUAUCAGCUAAGAACACUUCAGCAGAUUCCAAUUACAAUGAUGAGAAAAGCUCAGUUACCACUACACCGAUAAACAGUAGUUUUCCUCGUGAAGACAUCGAUAGAGACAGUAAUGAGUCUGAAGAUGAUGGAGUACUCCCAAGGGUAACUAAAUCUUGCAAUAGACAGAGAAUCAACAGUAGUGGCUCGUCUUCUCAUUCUUCUGCUGAGCCAGGUCAAUCUCAUGAGGAAAUGAUACAUAAAGGAUUGGACAGUAACAUACUGGGGAGUGAUGAUGAAAUGACAACAUCACAAUCAAUCCUCGUGGUAACAGGAGAUACCGAAAAUGAAAAAUUGGAGUAUUGGACAACUGGCAUUGACGACCAACGGCAGACAUUAACAGGUGGACAGAAACUCUUACAGGAUGGUCCUCCAGACAAUUUGACACAGCUAUUAAAUGACGACACCACAAGCGUACCUGAAAGCCCAAUCUCUUUCUCUCCUCAACUCACACAAAGUCCACUACGCAAGAAAGAGGAAAAAGAUGUUGAAUUCCAACCAAGUGCUGAUCUAUUGAGCAAUGAUGAUGAUUUGGAAGAGCCACCGCCAAAGAGGUCUCUAAGGAUAAGGCGAAAUCCUCGACGAGCCACAAGAUACAGUAAAGCACAAACCAAUGAUUCAAAUAAACACAAUGUAGUAUAAACG